UCUCCAGGUGAUGUUGCAGAAAAGAUGGACUCUAGUCAAAAAGUAGGUUAGAUAUGGCUGGUGGUCUGUCGUCAAUCGUUGUGCAGUGUUUAGGAGGUCCGGAGCGGUUUUUUGUUUUUCUGUUAGAAAUCAGGAAUCAAGGACCUAGAGAAUGAAACUGUCCAUGAUCACGGGAAUUUGAACAGCAUUUAGGAAUACAUAAUUCAUUCAGUCAUGGCUGGACUGAUCAAGAAACAGAUCCUCAAACAUCUAUCCAGGUUUGCCAAGAACCUCUCCCCCGACAAGAUCAAUCUGAGCACGCUCAAGGGGGAGGGUCAGCUGACCAACCUGGAACUGGAUGAGGAGGUGCUGCAGAACAUGCUGGACCUGCCUACCUGGUUGGCCAUCAGCAAGGUGCACUGCAACAAAGCCUCCAUUCGGAUACCAUGGACCAAGCUGAAGACACACCCCAUCACGCUGUCGCUCGACAAAGUGGUGAUGGAGAUGAGCACCUGCGACGAGCCCCGCCCGCCCAACGGCCCGUCUCCCAUAGCGACGGCCUCGGGUCAAAGCGAGUACGGCUUCGCGGAGAAGGUGGUGGAGGGCAUAUCUCUGUCCAUCAACUCCAUCGUGAUCCGCAUCAGUGCCAAGGCCUUCAACGCCUCGUUCGAGCUGUCGCAGCUGCAGGUGUACAGCGUCAACACCAGCUGGACCACCAGCGACCUCCGCUUCACACGCAUUCUGGACCCGCAGCGCGGGGAGCUCCUGACCUUUAAGGAGAUCAGCUGGCAGAUGAUCCGCAUCGAGGCGGAUGCCAUCCAGAGCGGAGACCACGAGGUGCUGAGCGCCCCCAUCCGCCUCAUCACCAACCAGGCCAAGAUCCGCAUCACUCUGAAGAGACGGAUGAAGGACUGUAAUGUGGUGGCCUCGAAGCUGGUUCUGAUUCUGGAUGACCUGCUGUGGGUUCUGACCGACUCCCAGCUGAAGGCCAUGGUCCAGUACGCCAAGUCCCUGAGCGAAGCCAUGGAGAGAUCUGCCCAGCAGAGGAAGAGCACGGCCUCCGAGACCUCUGACCAGGGGGCAGUGGCGCCCCCCUCCGCUCAGCAGGUCCGGGCACAGCAGACGUCCUCGGCUGCCGAUCAGAACGCCACCAUCGCCAAGCUCUUCACCGCCUACGACGUGCGCGAGACCUCCCACCACCUGCAGAUCGCCCACCUGGACCUGCACAUCUGUGACGACAUUCACGCCAAAGACAGAGUAAUAAACAAGAGGAUCACUGGAGGAGCCAUGCAGCUCUCCUUUAGCCUGAUAACCAUGGACUACUACCCAUUUCACAGAGCAGAGUCAGACUGUGACUCAGGGGAGGCUGUGGGCUCCCCGGGAGAGGAGGAGCAGAGGGAGGAGCAGGCGGCAGAGACAGGUGAGAGCUGCCUGCACUGGAUGCACUACAGUGAGGCCACAAAGUCUCGGGAGAGCUGGGCGCGGAGCCUGCUGGACGAGUUCAAGUCCAGCGUGGAGAUGCUGAAGAACGCAGCGAGAGACCACCAGUCUGCCAGCUCCCCUCCACAGACCUCCCCUCAGCACGGAAAGAUCUCCACCUCCUCCACCAGCUCCUUCUCCACCCCCGCCCCGCCGGCCAAGACGCAGCUCAUGUCCAGCUCCAUCGUGCUCAGGAUGGCCGACUUCAGCAUCUACCAGGUCUCCACAGCAGAGCAGCGACGCUCCAGUCCCAAGGCCAUGAUCUCCUGCAAUAAGAAGUCCCUGUACCUGCCUCAGGAGAUGCCUGCCAUCCACCUGGAGUUCACAGAGUACUACUUCCCCGACGACAGGGACUACCCCAUACCCUGUCCGAACCUGUACGCGCAGCUGAACGCCCUGCAGCUGGUGAUGGACCCGCGCAGUCUGAUCUGGCUGAACCAGUUUGUGCUGGACCUCAGACAGAGCCUGGAGCAGUUCAUGGAGCUGUACAAGCUCAACGACUCACAGAAGCCCGACGAGCACGUGGACGUCAGGCUGGACGGCCUCAUGCUAAAGCUGGUGGUGCCCACAGACGAUGAGCUCCCCGGCCCCCCGGACAUGCCGCGCUCCGUGUCCAUCCAGACGUCAGAGAUGGUGGCGACUAACACCCGCCACCCCGCCGGCUGCACCCGCUCCUGCCUGGAGGCGCUGCUGCAGGAGUUCCACCAGGAGGCGCUGUUCUCCCAGCGCGGGCCCGAGUCCUUCCCCGUCCUGCACCCGGUCUUCCAGCGGCACGCCCACGAGCAGGACACACGGCUGCACGACGUGUACCGCGGCCUGCUGCCCCCCGCCCUGGGGACCCACGCCCUCCGCCCCCCGGCCGCCUCCGACCUCUGGGCCCUGCACUUCUCCCAGUUCUGGGUGGACUACGAGGGCAUGAAGAGCGGGCGGGGGAGGCCCGUGCCCUGCGUGGACUCCUUCCCGCUCGCCAUCUGGAUCUGCCAGCCGGCGCGCUACGCCCAGCACCAGGAGCUCCUCCGGGGGGGCGUGAGCCGGGGCAUCCCCCGCAGCGAGUCGGCCGAGACGGCCAGCCGUCUGCAGCGCAAGAGGCUGCUGAAGGAGUAUUACAGCCGCGACUCCGCCCCGGGCCCCAACGGCCUCCGCAAGCCCCGCUCUCUGGACGGCAUCCCCCCGGCCCCCGCCGCCCCGCCGGACCCCUCCUCGGGCCCCGGAGAGGCGGACGUGCAGGUGCUGGUGCACGUGCAGAAGCACCUGAGCGUGCAGGCCAGUCACCAGCAGUACGUGUUCCUCCUGCGGCUGCAGCAGUCGGUGAAGAGGCUCCAGCAGACGCUGCAGGAGGACACGGGGCAGGUGGGGGCGCGCAGGCAGGACCGCGAACGGGAACGCGAACGGGAAGGAGACCGGGCGCGGCCGUUCGGCAUGUGCGUGGGGGUCCUCCUGAAGAGCGCGGAGGUGGCCCUGCUCCUCCGCCCCAUCCCCCAGGGGGACGCCAGCCCCCAGGGCUCGGACCUGUCCCCCUCGGAGAGCGUGGGGGCUGCGCUGGGCGAUGGGGGGGGCGGUACGGGGGGCGAGGGGGCGGGGGUAACACCACCCGUAUCUGCGGACGAGCUGCUGUGCGGAGAAGAGGGCGGGGUUAUCCCACCCGGUCCCGCCCCCCUCCUCCCCUCCCCCUCCCUCCCCGACGGGCUCGGCCACGCCUCCCUGGAGAAGUCUGAGGGGGAAGAGAGCGCGGGGGCGGGGCCUGGCGGGAGCUCGUCCUCGGAGGAGAAACAGGACUUUGGGGAAGGGGCGCCGGACGGGGUCCGUGAAGAGCAGGACAGUAGAACCGAGAAAGACCCCCCCACUGACCCUCUUACCAAAGACUUGAGCGACAGCAAAGACAAGCCCUCUGCAGCCAAGAUGCCCCAGUCCAUGUCCAGUGGACGUCUCCUGAAGGACAGGUCUCAGUCCAGCUUCUCGGUGUCCUACAAAAACAUGAAGAAGAGCCCCUCCCUCCACUCCCUGGACAACAUCUCCAUCGACAGCUACCUGCUAGAGGACUGCGACACUUACAGCCUGCUGGAGAGAGAUGGCGUCGGGGACGACCUCUCCGUUUCCGGAUUCAAGGACGGGCAGAGCGAUCAGAGCGGGCCUGAUAGCGCAAACGAGGCUUUAGGACCCAACGCCGAGGGAGCGCCGUCACCCGACACCGUCAGCGCCGCCUCCCAGAGCAUCGACGAGCCGGUCAAGGACCUGGUGUCGGUGCUGGUUCUGAAGGUCCACUCUGUGUGUGGAGCGCUGGAGGUCCAGGGAGAGAGUGCGGCUGUGUCGCUGCAGGUCGGUCAGGUGGUCCCGACCCAGCUGGGCAACGUCAGCGUACGGCAGUAUCUCAGCACCCGCAGCCUGGGCGGAGCCCCCGGGGUGAGCACGGUGGGCGGUAAGGCGCGCCCGGAGGUGCAGGUGCGGCUGGAGACCGGGCCCCGGGCGGGGGCUCGCUCCCCCCUGGCAGCCCACAGCGGCUUCCUGCACUGCCAACUGCAGGACUUCCGCUCCAACUUCCUCAUGUCCUCCCUGCGUAACCUGGGCCACUUCCUGCAGGACGACUCCGCCUCCAGCAUCCUGCCCAUGCAGAUCGACAUCCGGGACAUGCACGUCAACCUGAAGGAUGACGGUCCCCGUGACAACCCUUCGGAUGUGGAACCGACGCCCAUCACUGUGCACAUCGAUAACUUGGUAAUCUACCGGCAAGACGAUGGGUCCUUUUCUAUAGGAGUUCCCCAAGCUCCGGCAGCAAGGCCUGAGGUAAGCAAGGACAGUGCAACCUCUGCUCCUGAAGUCCCUAAGGCGACCCCUGAUAUCUCCAGGGUGGCCCCAGACAUGCCCAGGACGGAGAGUUGUGUGUCCCAGGCCACACAGACACCCGCCCAGCCACUCCCCAGCAAGACCCCGUCCCCCAAAGAGAAGCUGCUCAUAGAGGAGAACGAGUGUCUGAAACUGGAGCUCUCUAGAGCCAAAAUGGCGCUGGCCGAGGCCCAAAUGGAGAAGGACUCACUGGUGCACCGAAUGAAGAGCCUGAAACUGACUCCCGGGGGCAGCAACUGAUGGGCGGGAGGCUGAAACCUGAGUGCCGGGGGCAGCGGAGAGUGACGAGCCAGAGCCUCUGCGGUCCAGAGAGACCAGGAGGCCCUGCGGCCAACAGACACUCUGAUAAUCCGCCGCAGUUUGCCAUGGUGCGGCCCUUACUGCUUUACAACAUGGCCUCUCUGUGAAAAAGGACCUGUCAAAAGUGGCAGUAAUAUCUUUUCUUUCAUUGAAGUGUGCGCACACACACACACACACACACACACACACACACACACACACACACACACACUCACACACUCUCCAAAUUUAUACAUCUGUAUGAUGAGAGCUUUUUGAUGCUGCCUAGUGGUGUGGAAGCUGCAGAAUUUCCAUCCAGGACUCUCGAGGGGGCGCCUGGGGGAUAUGUCUGGGGGUUUGGGUUUUGUGUGGGUUGGGGCGUGGACAGUGAAUGUCUUAAUUUCUUACAGCAGACUAUUUGCACUGUACUAUAUAUCGUGUAUUUAAUACAUUUUUUUAAAGUAUUUAGCUCUUAACAAAUUGUGCAUCACGUGUGAGUGAGUGUGAGAGCGCUGCUGUUGCGCUGGAAUGUUCUGUAAGGAAUUUGGAGUGCUAGGUUUUAGGCGGCGUAUUUGAGUGUACGUUCAAUCAUAUGUACUUACGACAGUUAGUUGCUUAUUUUCAUCCAAAUUCAACCAUAUUGGAUUAAUCUGCUUUAGUUUCAUUAAUUUCAUUGUACAAUAUACCCAGAAUUCAGUCCGCAUAGUUACCUGUGCUCAUUUGUACAUGGAAGAUUACCCAUCAUCCCCACAUCCUGGGCUGUCUGUUAUUUUUCUAAGUGUACAUAGACAUAGAUUUUUCAAUGCAGCACAUUUUUACCUGAGCUGCUGUAAAUACAACCACCACAAAAUCCCUCCACUUAGGAGAGGGAAUACUGCAGUGUGCUACAAGUUCUCCAAUGAGGAGAGAGCUCACUGGCUGCUUGCAGUGCUUCAAUGAAGGGAGAGAACACUAGUGUCUCCACAUUUAUAUAUUUCUAGAAAUAUAUACAUGCUAUAUAGAUUUUUCACAGAGCAAUGUGGUGUGAAUGUGUGCUGCUAUUCCAUGCUUUUUGUCUAUAUGUGGAACAUAGUAGGAUAUAUAAUAUACACACUUCACCUAUGGAAAUGCACACAGGACAUCCGUUUUUUAAACCAUUGUAAAUCAAAGUAGUUGGGUUUGUUUUGGAUUGUAAUUUUUAGAAAGUCUCAAAUGAUAACACAAGUCUGCUUUAUGGUCACCGUUACCCUGUACUUGAAUGUAACUUCUGCCAUCUUUGUGCUCCUGGAAGGGCACAUACAGUAAUGUAACAGGGCUCUACACGUUACAUAUCCCUGCUAUAACCCGACAGUUUGUUCAGCUGAUUUCCCUGUCAUAGGAUUUUGUAGUAAACCAUUCAAGUAUAGCAGGACACUUUAGCCCUGCUGUAAUAGACUACUAUCACCCUAGUCUAGCAAGAGACUGUGUUAAGUGGAUCACCCUACUAUAGCAAAACAUUGUGUUCAGCAGAUCGUCCUUGUUGAGAAAGAUGCAGUGUUCAGUAGAUCAGUCCGGUAUAGCAGGACAGUUCAGUAGAAGAUCACUAGGGUGCAGCAUGACACUAGACUAAGUAGAGGAUCACUCUGACACCUCAGAACACAAUGCCCAGUUGAGGCAGUUCUCGGGGUCAGUUAUGCAGUAUUAUCUACUCAGACUGUGAAUUUAUGAAGAGGAGUUCCUAAUCUCCACUGGUGCUUACGUACACUAACUCCACGCAUACAAGGGCGGAACUUUUCCUGAUCUCCACCCUUAGCACAGUGACACGUGAACUGCUUGGUGUGACACAAGCACACACGUCCAACACUCAACCAAAAAAGCCAUCAGGGCCGCUGUUAUGAUUCUCAGGGCCCGUGAUAAACUUUGCUGUUUGGGGCAAAAAUUGUCUCAAUUUAGCUAGGUAGGGGGGCUCACCCUCCAGGCCCAGGGCCCAGGACAUUACCGGUUGUUUCCCCCUGAAGGCAGCCCUGCAAGCCAUACAAGUGUGACUGAUCGUUUGAGCUGCCUGGCAGAGCUUGCCGGAAUGCAAGUUGAGGAUGCGAUGCGUGGCACAGCUGUGUGUCGGUUUGAUAUACACGCGUGGGCGUCAGUGAUUAAUAUCCGCAGAAGCGCCUGGGCGUGACUGUUAUACGUAGGCGUCUACAGCCCUGAAGUGAGGGGUCUGUGAUUGAUGACCUUCUUAAUAUAUGUGCUCCCGUCUGAAUUAAUAGCUUGGGUCCCGUUGAUGGUUAGGGGUUUCUCGCCUCAAACCCAGUUUACCCUGUUACCCAUGUCCAGGAGAAGGUGGCCCCCUUUUCAACAAUAUGAAGAUACCCCCGUUCCAUCUGGACCCCCCCCAAAGCCCAAGUGCCUCUGUAGGGCCCCUGUAGGGGGUAAGAGCCAAUGUCUCCAUUUCCCCUUUAAUAGAGUCCAACUGAAUGUCCAGCACGGAUCUCCUAAGCCUGACUGGAGAUGGUAGUGAAGGGAAAACACUUGAUUGUACAAAGACACCUGGGUAGUUUGUCCUGCCCCUGUCCCCCGAUUCUCUCUUCUGUAGUCUGACCUUUCCAUUGGUUCUCUAGAUCACCCCCCCUGUAAGUUUCCCCUUCCAUUGGUCAUUAAACCCAUAUACGCCCUGCCCGUUUUAUCUUGGUUUCACAUCCCUCUCCCUGAGCUCCUCCCCUUCAUGGAGUUGUUUUGUGUCUUCUCUGAACCGUUGGGUGUUAAUCCUGUAAUUAUGAUGUAAUAUUUCUGUUAAUGCUGCUGAAAUACUGUACAAUAAAAGGGUAUUGAAUAA